UUUUGGAAUAACCCCAAAGGGGCUGAUCUGCACAAGUGGUGGCCCCAGGGAACUCUGGUCUGGAAGCAGUGAGAGGUGACAUAGCUCUACUUCCCGCUGUAGAUAGGCCGUGACGACAUCUGGAUGUUCGUAUGCGGACCGAAGGUUGCGUCUUGCUGGUCUGAGAGGAGCACCCUGGGCAACGCCUAUGCGGAAGCUUAGGCCCCGCACAAGGAAGUCGGUAAAUGGCCUGUCAGGGAUCGAGACCAGAGCCCUCUCCCAUGCUUGUGGCUUGAGGGGAGACGCCAGUGUGGCGUCAUAGGGAGUACUAGGUCGUGUCGGGGAUGCAGACUCCAGUGCCAGGAGGUCUGCAGUGAACCAGUAGAGGCCUCUGGAAAAGUUACCCAUGGUCAGGAUGGGAGGCUCUAGAAAGGAGGAGGCGGUCAUGUUCACUAGCCAUGCGGGGUAUGAUUUGGUAAUUGCCAUGGAUUAUUGAUUAUUUCAAUGCAAUCAUGAUAAAUCAGGUCUACAUGACCUAUCUACAGAGGUCCGAGCCCACUUCUGUGGUGCUACUGCUAGCCUCUCUAUGUCUGGCCUGCCUCCUUUGCCGGCCUCGCUGCUGGGCGGGGUCUCGCCAGUUGUAUGUAGGGGCGCUCCCAUGAGACACACAUGAGCAUACUUGCAUACCCCUGGGUAUCGGCAGCUGCCCGCAUUCCAAGAGGCACAUAUGGGUCGCUGCUGGGGGUAGGGAGCUGGCCGCUUCCCUUUUGUGCUUAGGCGGUCUCCAGGGGGCGUGGUGUCUUCUCCUGAUGCCACGGGCCUGGGGUGUAAGGCAGCCACUGCGCACUCCGACGCUGCGUGGUCUAUCUCGUGACAGUGUUUGCAUGGGGUUGCAACUUUGGACCUCUGGCUGGUAGACUUGAUGAAGCGAGGGGUCCAGGUUGUCCCAUCGAGCAGCCAGGCAGUCCUGGUUACGCCGGAAGACAGAAUCAUACGCAAGCCAUCCGGUGCCACCGAACUUGCUAGCCUCUCUGAUAAUUAUUCGCAUGUAUGGCAGCAUGUCGGUAACCCGUUCAGUGUGGGCCUGGGCCACUAUGGCAGUAUACGUUGCAAAUGAGGAGACCCAUGUCAGCAGGGCGCGGUCUCCUCCGAUCUCCCGUUCUCCCAGCAAUGUCUGCAUGGCCAUCCCUGUAGGGAGCACUGCUAGCUUCUCUGCAAAAGCUAUGUUGUCCGGCAGUAGUUCCCUCAUCUCGACAAAUUCCAUGGCUUGGAUCCGUUUGACCAACUUAGCCGGCACAGGGGCGAAGCUCGAUGAGAGUUUGAACGCGGAGGGCUCCGUAUCUGUACCCCCGCUUCCUCCACUAAUCGGGAUCGUCGCCUUCGGAAGAGAGAAAGAGGUGAUAGUUGUUGUGAGCCGGCCAGACCUGCCUGCUACGGCCACCGAGGCAGGAAUAAGUGGAAUGGAAGGCAACGAGAGGGGUAGACUGCGUGGGGUCGUUGUCGACGAGCCUGUGGAGGAUAAGCAUGAGUGCCAAGCACGCCGACAAGUCGCGCCUACUAGUCCCCAAAUGCCUACGCGCGCAUACCACUGCGCAAAACACACGAAUGCCCGCUUACCUCCGGGCGCGGAGACCGUCGCCAGAGCCGCUGCCACGGCUACCGGUAUCUCUCGGCGAAUCAGCUCCAGCACCGCUGUUUCAGACAUCGGGGUGGUUGGCGGCGGCGGGUCCCCAUCGGGUGUCUUUUGACGAUUCGCCCCGCUCGGUCAUUGACGACGUUGCUCCAGAUAGAGAUGCUUGCUUGCUCUCUUGUGGUGCCACUUGCCUGGCUGCAGUGCCAGUAGCUUGCUGCUGCUUAGCCUGCUGCAUUGUCUCUCAGCUAGAGAGACACUGCUGCCUGGCCAUGUGCUGCUGAUGCUAUUGCGCAUACCUAGUUGCUUUGGCACACCCUCAUUCAAUGGGCUCCCACUACUACCCUUCACCAAUGCCUAGUCGUCCCUACAUUAACUCUGUCUAAUUGUCAUUAAACAUCAUAUUCUAGGCUUGGAUGCAAACCCAUAUUGUAACACAUGUAUACACGUUAGUCAUGUAUAACAAUCCAAAAAAGUAGUUCUGAGACAAACGGCACUUCAUAGUGUUGAGCGGAGGCGCGUUUAUUCAAGUGGAGAGGCGUGCCUCGUCAAGAGGAGGUGGCGUGUUUCUUCUGGUGGAGAGGCGUGUCUCGUUCGGCGGGAGGGGCAUGGUCGAUCCAGCACAUUAAUUGAAGGCACAGCUGGAUACGUGGCGUUCGAAGUGACUGGGGAUGACACACCAACAGCAGUUGGUGACUGCGACAUUUCAGCUCCAGCAGCAGCUUCAGAAUGCUGUGCACUGUCUCGAAAGUCAACAUAUUAUAUACAUGCGCCGCAUUGACCACGCCCCAGAAGCAACAUCAAAGCUCCGACCGCCACGUCCAAGUGCUGACUGACCAUUUUUGAGGAUGCGUGGGUGGUUUUUACGAGAUUAUGCCGCAAUGCCCCCCACCUACCGGGUCAAAGUCCACAAUUGUGCGAGUUUUGUUAACGUUUCUAGAAGUGUGUAAAUUUACAUUUGGUGACCGAAAGGUAUGUAGCGUGCGUUCGUGGGGCGUGCGCGGGGCGAGGCACGGAUCGGAUAUAGAUCCAAAGGUAUACCAUGCGCGUGCGCGUGUACAUUUCGAAGGGGAAAUGUCACGUGACCAGCGUGCAUUCCCUCUCUUUCCUAUCUAGCUAUGUAUCGACUAUCGAGCAAUGAAGCGCUCCUGCAAGUGGGUGGGGUCGACUGGGUAGCUCGCUGCCAACCGUGAAAAUGUUUUUGUCUGCUGUAUUGUCCGCCAGUUAUCUUUCGUAGCCAUAGGCGGCAAGAAAACAAAGAUCACUUUACGACAAUGCACCUCCAGGAUCGUGGGAAAUGUUUAGUGACAAAUUCGGCGCAUCACCUGGUUCCAGUAAGGAGAUAGCGGGUUUAAUUAAAGAAGAAGAAGAUGAAGAUUGACACAAUUGUGAAAUCGCGCAAGAGCGGAUUCUCGUCUUGAGAAUUGCAGGUGCGUACGAUACUUUUGGGCAUAUGUAUAGCUAGAUAUGGGCCCGUGAGUGACUACUAGUGUAUUUUGAAGGCAUAGCUAGGCGUUCUCGCCGAGUUUUGAAGCAUUUUGUAUGUGGAUCACGUGAGAUUUGACCCGCGCCAUCCCUACAUAUAUAGAGCAUUUACCGCCGCUCUGAUAAUACGCCCGAAACACUGCGAAAAAUUGCCAUGCUCGCUUUGCUGGGCAAAACUGCUUUGCAUUCCUCUUGUUAAUGAAGUUAGUGUUAUUGUUUUCAGUACUACAGACAACAUGCAUGUGAGACAGUUUUUUUACAUUGUCUAUGCAGCGUGUUGAAAUUUUUCAUCGGCGAAUAAAGAAAGAUAGAGAAUUUCUUAAAAUCUCAGAAGGUCAUCCAACAACAUAUAUUACUAUACACAGAGAUAAAUUACUAGAAGAUGGCUACAGUCAACUUGGCAUACUCUCAAGUUCCAUCUUAAAAGGAACAAUCAGAGUCAAGUUUAUAAAUGCUCAGGGCCUUGAUGAAGCUGGAAUUGAUGAAAUGGGAGUUUUUAAAGAAUUUUUAGAAGAAACAUUGAACCUAGCCUUCAACCCAGCAUUAAAUCUGUUCAAGGCAAAUACAGAAGGUCACCUGUUUCCAUCAUGGUUAAGUGGUGUUAAUGAGAAUCAUCUCCAGUUGUUUCAGUUUGUAGGGAAAAUGGUUGGAAAAGCUGUGUAUGAGGGAAUCGUCGUUGAUAUUCCACUAGCCCCAUUCUUUUUGAGUCAUCUGUUGAAACGCAAUCAUUCGGCGUACUACAACUACCUUGAUGAACUUUCAUCUUUUGAUGAGCAGAUUUACUCCUCCCUAAACUUCAUAAAGCAUUAUGAUGGCGAUGUUACUGAUCUCUGUUUAACAUUUUCAGUUGAUGAGGAGUAUCUUGGAAAGAGAGUCACCCAUGAACUUAUAGAUGGAGGAUGUGCUAUCCCUGUGACACCUAGCAACAGAUUGAGCUAUGUUCAUCGGAUGGCCUUGUUUAAGCUUUCGACCCAAAUUAAGAAGCAGACUGAUGCCUUCACAAAGGGUUUUCAUAGUUUAAUAGACCCAUCAUUCAUAGAAAUCUUUUCUCCUGAAGAACUACAAAAAUUAAUAUCUGGUGAUGAAGUUGAAAUAGAUGUGGAAGAUUUAAGAAAAUAUACCCAUUAUGCUGGAGGAUACCAUGCAAAUCACAAAGUGAUUUUGUGGCUCUGGGAUGUUUUAAAGAACCACUUUAAUGCUGAUGACAGAGGAAAUUUCCUGAAAUUUGUUACAAGUUGUUCAAGACCACCACUGCUUGGAUUUAAACACCUGCAUCCACCAUUCACCAUCCGCUGCGUCCAAAUGACACACUCUGAAGACAGAGAUGAGUCUGUUACUGGAAUGAUCAAAGGAUUUUUUAAGCGCCAUCAACAACCACACAGACUACCAUCCUCAUCCACAUGCUUUAACUUAUUAAAGUUACCCAAUUACACUAGCAGAAACAUGCUUAAAGAAAAGCUAAUGUAUGCCAUUAAGGCUAACUGUGGAUUUGAAUUGUCAUAGGACACAUCAUUCGAAAUAUUAACAUUAGAUCAUAUCUACUUCACGACAUUUUGAACCUCAACAACUGUUUACUAUGUAGAUAACAGUGGCUUUGUUGUGGGAGUGAUGUGUGUAGGCAGAAGUGUUUUGGAAAGUACACUAGUGAUUGCAGCUGUGCCGACCUCACCAACAUCACCAACGUCAUGUGCACUCGCUUCUUUUCAUCUACGAAGUGUUGUGCAUGUCGCCAGGUCUUCACACCUUAACAUUGCUCAGUAGCAAAAACUUCUGUGUCAGGGUGGCAUGAAAAUAUAUAAGCCCUCUUGCAAGGAAUGUUUUUCCACAGUGAGUAUGUUGUAAUGGUUGCAUAAUCAUCCUUAUGCGUUGUGAAAUUUUUCUGCAUUCAACAAUGUUCCUGUAUGUGCAUAGCUAUCCAGUUUUAGUUCUCAAUUCCAACAAUAAACAGACUAACCGAUUUCUGAAAGCCCUUGAUACAGUGGGCAUUGGUCUCACAC